UCUGUCGUCGUCUCCCCAAUAAAUAAAUUAAUUGCUAGGAUCUGGUGGGUGGCAGGAAAUAUUCCCGGGAGCCACUCCUAGUUUAAAGGAACCUAAGAAAAGAUAAUGGCUGUUUCUGGAGGAAAGAGAUCUACCCCUCCCUCUUAGCCCAGGCCAUCCAUCUGACAGCAGCAAAAACAUCCGGCUAAGGCACACCCCUCGGCCCAUUGCCGCUCCUCGCUCAGCCAGUCCCGGAGGAGAUUCCGGGGAACGGACUGCAAAGUCAUUGCAUUUGCCAUCAGAAGCGAGAGCUGUCAUUCUUCUGCUCCCGGGCGAGGCAGCCAUGGACCACCCCGGGGGUCUCAUCCAGGCGCUGUGCUUGGAAGCGACCUGCUCCAUCUGCCUGGAGUUCUUCAAGGACCCGGUGAUCCUCGACUGCGGGCACAAUUUCUGCCAGGGCUGCCUGGCCCAGUGUUGCGAGGAGGGGGGCAAAAGCGUCUCUUGCCCCCAGUGUAGGGAAGCGGUCCCGAGAGAAAGCCCCCGGCCCAACUGGCAGCUGGCCAGCAUGACAGAAAUACUCCGGAAGCUGGAGGAAGAAGGGAGCGGGGCAGAAGCCAAGGAGGGGGGUUUGUGCCAGAAGCACCGGGAGCCCCUGAAGCUCUUCUGCAAGGAGGAUCGGGUCCCUAUCUGCGUGGUGUGCGACAAGUCCAAGGAGCACCGAGACCACCCCGUGAUUCCCAUAGAAGAGGUGACCCAGCAGGAAAAGGCUGAGCUGAAGUGUUUGGAAAAAGAGAGAGAAAUUCUGGCGGAUCGGAAACUAGCUGAAGAACUAAGAAGCAAAGAAUGUCUGACGGAAUUAGAAAUGGAGAAGCAGAGGGUCGUGUCUGCCUUUGAGCGAAUGUACAACUUCCUGGAAGAAAUGGAGCUCCUCAGGCUGGCCAAGCUCGAAGGCCUAAAGAAAGAGGUGGAAGUGAUCCAGAAGGAAAACCUCACCAGACUCACAGAAGAGAUUUCCCAUCUCAGUAACCUGAUCACUGAAGUGGAGAGGAACUGCCAGCAGCCGGAAAACGAAUUUCCACAGGACAUCAAAAAGGUUUUGAGCAGAUAUGAGAAAGGGCAAGUGAGACAGCUGGUGGACCUUUCUCCAGGACUGGAAGAGAAGUUCAGGAUUUACUCUCAGACGAAUUCUGCUCUGGAAGAAGCUAUGGAGAAAUAUAAAGAAUCUCUGGAGGAAGCAGUAAACAAAGAGUCUCUGAAUCAAGACUUGUACAAAGUGAAUUUCACUCUGGAUCCUGACACCGCAAACCCCUUCCUCAUCCUUUCUGAGGACCUGAAGAGUGUGAGAAGAGGGAGUCGAUACCAAUCCGUGCCCGACAACCCCGAGAGAUUCGACAUCAUGAUGAGCGUGUUGGGCCGCGAAAGAUUUGCUUCGGGGAGACACUGGUGGGAGGUGGAGGUGGAGGAAAAUUUGGGCCGGUGGGCCGUGGGGGUUGCGAGAGAGUCCGUGAGAAGGAAGGGGCAGGUCCGCAUAAGCCCGGACGAGGGGUUCUGGGCUGUGGGGAAGUCGUUCCACAACAGCCACGACUUAUCCUCCCUGUGCCAAAUUCUGGCUUUCACAUCCCCAAAGCCAACCCCCUUGAUCUUGAGGCGUAACAAGCUCAGGAAGAUCCGAGUCUCCCUGAGCUACGAAGAGGGUCGUGUGGAGUUCUUUGACGUCGAUUCGGACGACCCGAUCUUCGCUUUCCAGCUGGCCUCGUUCUCUGGGGAGAAGAUCCUCCCCUUUUUCCGGGUGUGGAGAGGGGUCAGGUUGAAGUGCUGAAUUCUAAGGGCAAAUCUUCCCCCAUCUCAGCUACAGUAACUUCCACCGUCCUGAAAGGUGACGUUCUAGCGCUUUCUCUACACCCAGGCAAGGAGCUUACGGUCUUAGCGGCUUCCCAACAGUAAUGGUGUCUCCCAGUCCUAGAUCUUAACUUCCAUCGGCGAUGAGAGAAAACAGAAUCAAUGUGAAAACCUAAACGAAACAGGUGGGAUUAGAGACUCCCUACAUUGGGCAUGGGGAACCAGUGGCCCUCCAGACGGUGCUGGGCUCCAGCUUCCCUCAGCCCCAAUUAGCAUGGCGGAUGGUGAGGGAUUAUGGGAGUUGUAGUCCCAACAACUGGAGGGUCAGAACCUCCCCAAUCCUGCCCUACAGCUUCAGUCCUGGCUGUUAUUUAAAACCUUUUCCUCCCCCAGCUAUAUAUUUUUGGCAGGGCCUUUAGAAGACACACCAAAGGGGGAAAAGUUCAGCUAUGGUGGACUUCUGUUUAUUAAUGAUUCCACUUUUCUACCAUAAGGCGGCUUGUAUGGGAUUUGUAGUAGUCGCCCACAGAUCAGGUGCAGAGCUGCUUGGCUUCAACUCGUGCCCUUCAGUUACUGCAGCUCCAUCGAUUGAAUCUUGCCAUUCAGGAGUCAAAGCGGGGAAACUUGGUCCUGCCUCUGGAGAGGGGAGGUACAUCUGCCUCAACCUAAGAUGGGGAAUCUUGAUUCCCAUCAGCCCUUGUAUUGCAAAUCAGGCUUUGUAGGAGUCCAACGACAUUGAGUUCCCCCAUUCCCUUCUAGGAAUUGAACUGCAACUGGAAACCAGAAGUGUGGGUGAAGCUUUUUGAUAAUAUCUCUUUGGGGUCAGGUAAUGUGCUAAGCUUUCUGGGGGCCAUUUUUGUUCUGAUGGCAAGUUAGACAGGAGCCCUUCAUGAGCACUGACAAGAGGAUAAGGCAUAGAGAUCAAGCCACUUAGGUGAUGGUAGCUUUUUCCUCCCCCCCCCCAAUAAAUUUUUAUUAUUUUCUUUACACAAUCAUUCUUACAAUACAAUACAUUAAUCAACAUAUAAACAUUUUUGCUCUGCCGAGCAUGCAACUUCCCUCCUUCCCUUCAGCUGGUAUCCCUUAUCAAAUCCAAUCACGUAUUUUAACUUUUUACUUCUUAUCUACAUUGUAGGAGUUAUAUCAGUCCUGCUAGUGUCUUUAAAGUUUUAUGGUUAUCCUUUAAGUAUACAAUAAAUUUACUCCCAUAGCUUGUUCCAUAGCGCAGGGAAUGUGGAGACAUUUCCA